AUGGGAACACGAACGCUUAUCAAUCGUGCAAUGACGGAAGAGGGCUACGAGGAGCGGCUGAUCAACGAGGAAUACAAAAUAUGGAAAAAGAACACACCAUUCCUCUACGAUAUGGUGAUGACACAUGCAUUGGAAUGGCCAAGCUUGACAGUGCAAUGGCUACCAGAUGUACAACGGGUGGAAGGGAGUGAUUAUACAACGCAUCGCCUUAUUCUUGGUACUCAUACAUCGGACGAACAGAAUCAUCUUGUGAUCGCAAAAUUACAACUCCCAACGGACGAUGCACAAUUUGAUGCUUCCAAAUAUGAUAACGAAAGAGGAGAAUUUGGUGGGUUUGGUUCGAUCACCGGGAAAAUCGAUGUUGAAAUCAAGAUCAACCACGAGGGCGAGGUGAAUCGAGCACGUUUCAUGCCACAGAAUCCGAUUCUUUUGGCGACAAAAUCACCAAACAGCGAGGUUUUCAUUUUCGACUAUACCAAACAUCCCGCAAUACCAAAUCCUGACAACAUCUGCAGACCACAGAUACGUCUCCGAGGUCAUACAAAAGAGGGUAAGUUCCUACACCAUCAUUUUUAUGAAUUAUUUUUUUUUUUCCAAACUACAUUAAUAGCGAUGUGAUG